UGUCCCGCAAUGCUCGUAAAGUGUGCACGAGUCUUUGUUGCCUUUCUAUGCUUUGGAGGAUUUCUUAUACAAGGUUGGGAGCUCUUUGUCAAAUUCAUUGGAGGAACAACCACCAUAGCUAUAUCGAAUCUUCUCCCUGAGAAUGGACAAUUGAAUCUGCCUCGAUUUUCAAUUUGCUUUGACCCACCGACAACUUUGGGUCGACUUUCUGAACUGGGUCUUACCCCAAUGUCCUGGAGCACGAUGCAACUGAGAACUGAUUAUAAUGGAAGCGUCACUUGGCCUAUUACCUCUAAAAACAACACCGAUCUUUUCGAUCGGUCAAUGUUUUCAUUCGAUGAAGUAUUCAAAAAAAUACGAUGGUUGAACCGCACUGUGACUGCGACGGACAUCCAAAACUAUAAAAUGGCGAAUACGAUGAAUUCGGGGAAAUGUUUUACUUUCCUCCUGGAUGAAACGCCAGUGACAAAAGAUUCUCAAGUGUUACUUGAGAUGAAAAAUGUUUUUGGCAACCAAUCUGGACGGUUUAGAAUAUUCUUGCAUGAUCGCGGCAUGGAGCUUUUGUUAAUAAACCAGGGUUGGGUGGCCAAUAAAAAGUUCGUUUAUGAUGUUUCACCGGGAAGAUCUGUGGAUAUCGCAAUGAGGAAGAACGUUUUUAAGAAGCUUCAAAAAUUGAGUAAUGCUGAUCUUGGAUGUCGACCGGAUUGGAGCUCCGUGGAGUAUUUCGAAUGCAUUGAUAAACAUAUGGAGAAUAUCACAUCACAUUUUAAAUGCCGUUCACCUUUCGAUAUUUCUUUGAACCAAUCUGCGAUAGCUGCCAAAAAACCGAUUUGCGCGUCCUUUAACGACACAAGAUCAAUAUUUUUAUCUCAGAGGAAGGCUUUUUGGUCGAAGACAUUGUCGGAAAUAUGCCCUCAAUAUUGCAAUCUUGUAUCGUAUUCGGCAAGUACGAGUGAGUUCAACCUAUUUGGAAUAGACGAAACCGUGGUUUUCUUGAGUUUUGAAACGCUUGUGACGACAUUGGAAGAAGAAGUACUCGUGUAUGAUCUAAUCUCCAUGAUAUCUUCGGUUGGCGGGAGCAUGGGAUUGUUCUUGGGAUUUUCUUUUCUUGAGAUGGCUUUCAAACUGAUUCACGCCUUGCAGGAACAUAUCAGCAACAUAUACUCGUAAGUGGCAAGAUAUCAGCCAAUCCCAUGGAAAUGAAUAAUAGACAAAUCAUUGAUAUCCUAAGUUUGAACUCCUUCAUGCCUAAAACAGUAUCAAUCAUAUGAGGACAGUUUACUCUUUGGGAAAGACAGCAAAAUUGAGAGAGUUGCAAUUGGACAAUCAAUACCUGUCGUCAUGGGUUGAAUCCAAACCAAAAUAUUUUCUGUGAACAAAAGCAUCCCCAAGAACAAUAACAGUAGGCUCCAGAAGAGAAUCAAUUAUAUACCAUAACAUCCGUAUAAAUUCAAAACAUUUUAGAACACUUUUAGCCGUUUAGUCAUUUGAGUUCCCAUCUGUUUCCUUCUUUACAAGAUUUUCGUAGUUGGGCAUAUUUUUACAUACGUGCAACAAUAAGAAGUUAUCUUGCAAUGUUAUUGUAUGGACAAAUAAUUUCCCACUGUACAUUCUUAUUCUCCAAUCUAUAUUCAUCAACAUUUCCAACACCUACAGCCAUUAUACUUGCCCACCCAGUUAUUUUAUUCUAUGUACUCGCUACUACUAAGAAGCUCCCCGACAGACCCAAUAGCUUGUUCUUCAUCUUCUGCUUGCCUCAUCCACCAUUUUAUCUCAACAAAGGUCAUCAUUAAAUGA